UAUCACGAAGAUUUGUUUUGACGGAUAAUCACACUGUUUCCUCAAUUGUUGUGCCGGACACUGUUGUGGCGUGUUUUACGUAGGCAUUGUGCACAGCGGUAAGGAUAAAGAGCAAAUCAAUGGCGGAGAAUGCGGAUGGAGGGCCAUUACCCCCUGGAUGGGAUCGUAAAUAUGACCACAGAACAGGCAGAUACUAUUUCAUCAACUACUUCAACAAAACUACAACGUGGGAUGACCCUCGAUCACGCUAUAAGCAACUGGCUCAAAACAUUCCACAGCAUGUACCUGUUCUUGAGUCUAUUCCAUUACAGGACCUAACAAACAUGCGACCAAGCCCUGUUGCUGGUCGACCUGGCUUUGGAACACCAUAUUCAUCUCCUGCACGGAGUGCAACAGCUACAGCACCAUCAGCAAAUGACACUGAAAUUGCUGUUACAAAAAUCAGUGCUAUGUUUCCAACUGUCAGUGAAACACACAUUCGGGCAUUGCUUAUCAAGUACCAUCAUCGUGAGGCAGUAGUAAUGAGUGCCCUCCAGGUGGAGAAGUACCCACUGUCAACACCAGGCCCAGGGACAAUUGCCUCUCCACCUGUGGCAGGCCGGCUCUUGGGCCUGGGUCUCGGCCCACCAUAUGAUAGUCCCCGGCUGGCGACUCGUCCACCACAUUCCUCCCCAAAGAUGAAAUUGAGGUACCUGAAGAGUGUAUUUCCAAAAGCAGAAGAAACAGUGUUGCUUGAUAUUUUAAGCAACUCGGAAAACAAUGUACAGAAGGCAUCAGAGAAACUUCUUGCUAUGGGGUUUGAAAAAAGGGACACACCACCUCCACGCCUUACACUCCGCCAGAAAGAGGAUGAACAGAAGGCAGCUGAACCACAGGCUGCCACCCCAACACCACCUCCACGCAUGAAGAGUAUUGAAGAGAAGCAAAAAAUGAAGGGACGACUGCAAGAACAAUAUCAGUCUGUACCAGAGCGUGUUAUUACAAUAGCACUGGACAGUGUAGAUUAUGAUGAGGAACGAGCUGCACAUAUUCUGCAAAUAAUGGUGCAGGAAGAUGAACAAAAACCUGUUGAACAAAAACUUCCUCUAAUGCCCCAGCCACAAUCCAGGCCUACUCCACCACCACCAGAUGUUCCAGCUGUGUCACCAACUCCUGGAAGGAAACCUUCUGAGAAGCCACAGUCACGCAGACUCAAAGGAAAGAAAGAAACCCCAAAGGUUUCUAGAGGUACAAGUACUACUGAAGAUAAAGAAUACAAAUCUUCCUAUACAACAAAAGUUACUGGGCCUAACAGGAGUUUGCCAAAAGGACCAAAUGAUGAUCUUCUCUUAACUGAUUACAUGACAUGGAAUGGUCCCAAUCCAGAUAUGGUAAAGGGUCCGGAUCGUUCACUACUCUCAGAACGAAGUUACAUUGCAAGGGGCCCAGAUCCUUCAUUACGUAAGGGUCCUAUAUUUGGUCUGGCAAAGGGUAGCUUGUACUCUUGCCGUCGAGCUGCGCAGACUGAGUCUGGGGAGUCUCGUGGAAAAUAGCGGCCGCUGUUAUGUGGGCUGCUGUAGAACUAACCAGCUAAGUUGUAUUUGUCUCAUUCUCACAGCAGUGCCAUGCUGAGACGGAAAUGAACCUGCAGGUGACACCUUUCAAACAUGUAUUGGUUGGAUCUAUAGUGUGUAAGAAACAAUUAUCGUAUUUUUCUGUAGAUUGCAGUGAUUUAACCAGUAGCCUUGUCACCUGAUACUAACAAAACAUAGUUGUUUCUAUGUAGUGAUUGUUGGUCACCCAUCACUGUGCAAAUUUGUUUUCCUGGUAAACUGGUGUGGACUUGUUACUCCACAGAGCUAUGUGUGUGCUGUAAGUGGUAUUAAUGUUGAAGUGUGUGCAGUAUGGGCUGAAAUGUGUUUGUCAUACUUGUAUUAUUAGUUUUAGGUGAGCCUGUGUGUAGGAGCUACAGCAACUUAAAAGGUAACAACAUAUCUUCUGUGGCUGGUACUGUCUUAUUUUAUUGUAAUAUUUAGGACUAUCUAAAGAAAAAUGUUCCACAAAGUGUGUGUACUAAACAACACAUAUAGUUACUGUAAGCUUCUAUCAUUGGAAUUAUUCUUCAGUUUGAUUGUGUGUUUUGCAAGAAAAUACAGCUCUCUCACAUUUUUCCUGUAAGAGAUAUGGGGACUCUUUACCUUCUUCAAGCAAACCUGAACACAGACAUUUGCCAUUGAUCCAUUUUAAUUCUGUCGAAUAAGAUGGUGUAGUGGUAAGACAUUGGACUUGUAUUCAGGAAGAAGGUGUUUCAAACCCCUAUCUGGCCCUAAAUUUAGGUCUUCCAUGGGUAAGUCCGUAAGACAGCUGCCUCAACAAUUCCUUUAAAAAGGAAAAGACCAAUUCCCUUUCCGAUCCCAGCAUGUCUGUGUCUCUAUUGAACUUGUUGCUGAUGGGACAUUAAACUCUAAUCUCCCAUCCUUUUGAGUUUCAUUCUAGGCAGCACUACAGGGCCUUUUAAUGUGACUUUCAAAAAUUAAUUUCUAGAAAUGUCAGUAUUUGAGGCUGUGGAGGAUUUUUAAUGUCACAUGAUGUGUGACAUCUGUGUACAUAGACUUUGCACAUAAUAAUUCCUUCAACCUUAAGAUCUUUUUACCUCCCAGCCUUAAUCUAAUUUCGGCAUUUAAUUUUUACCUGUGUGAUUUGUGUGAUUUAUGAACCGUUGAGGGUCUCUGCAUUGUGGUAAGACUGCAUUAGCUAUUCGUUGAAAUAGCCAGCUUGAAUUGUGCUGCCAGAACUUUUUUUAUGUUUCCCAUAAAUUUGAUAGAGAGAGAGGUGGGGGGGG